GUUCACGAAGCGGUCGCGGCUGCUUUGUAGCCGGCGACGCAGCUUGAUUCUCUUGGUAGCGGUUGUACACGAUGCCGCACGUAAAUAUGAACUGUGUCGUCAGCAGGAUGUUCCACCGUUGGCCCCACAGAUAUCCUCUCAGUCCUGUCAAAGCUGCCAUCGUUCGCGUCUUCCAAUUUGUGAGGUUACAAGCAAAUAUCACAGUAGAUCUCUGGAUUAGCGCAAACAUUACAAUUCAUACCCGAAAUUGCUAUUUUCCAUCAUGGACGACGACUGGCGCGAGGAUGGCAGCUUCCGCGGACUCAACAAUGCCAGCGGCGGCGGCAAGGGGAAGGCUCGAGGCAAAGGACCGCAGUUCACCCGCGUGAUCCCUAAAUUUCUGCAGAAAUAUCACCAACCGCCGGCCAUCCAGGCCAAGUUCGCGACGCUACCAAAGCCUGGAGAGGAGGAAGACGAAGGGCUAGACGAGGUGCAGCAGGCGGCGAUCGACGAAUAUCUGGCGCAGAAGAAAGAGAAAAAAGAGGAGAAAAAGAAGAAAAUGGAAGCAGCCGAUGGAAAAGAGAACGACAACGACAAGAAGAAGAAGAGUGGACAAACGGUGGUGCAGAUGGGCAAAGGCAAAGCCACAGCGUCCAAUGGCAGCAAGAAGAAGAAGCGCAAACGUGCAGAUCAACCAACACUCAGCAACAAGAAGCUGCUCUCGUUCUCAAUGGACGAUGAAUGAAGCGGCAGAUGCUUCAUUCCUGAUAAUAUGGUACAGGUUUAGCAGCAGGCGGCGCGUUCUGCUGUUAUUACGCGCGUUGAAGACACCUCGACGAUCUGCUGCACUUGAGCUUCGACUACAGGUUCCGACUCCUCGGACUCCAGCACUAGCAGCGCAUUCAUGAGGUUAAACGCUACGAAGAAGAUUAUUACUAGCAGCAAUGUCGACGGAUACGCGUAGUGGAUGUCCAUAAAGCUGGAGGCGUGUGCAAGAAAAACCGCUUGGACGAUUCCUGCUGCUGUGUAUGUGACCAGAACGCUGCGUCGCUGCCAAUGUGUGAGCUUUAUCGGACCGAGCCACAUUGCGACAACGGCGUAUCCGAUAGACACGAACGCUACAAACUGCGAAAUGCAAUAACUGUUAUUUUCUUAACGCAAUGGGGAAGGUGGAUAUUGAUACGCACUGCUUGCAUCGCGCUGAAGUUCUGUGUCGCACCCGCCCUGAACACAGGAUCGCGCUCGCAUUGCACCCAGAACUCAUUCAGCCAGCUACCGUCGAGAAACUUGAUCCAUCGACGGGGCCACAAAUCUGUCGUUGUAGUUGUAGUUUCAGCAGAGCUCCUUGCAGUCUUGCCUGCUUCCUGCAAGUUUUGCAGAUAUGAGGAUCUACGUGUUGAACCUUGUUACUACGAAGUAUUGCCUCUACUUACGACAGGGUCCUUGCUAGACAGGGCAGGUUGCUGCUCUGCGAGCCCAAAUUGAGCCUAAAGAAACACAUUUGAAUGAGAAUACACCGUAGGUAUAUCUAUCGUCCCGUACAAUCGUUACCUUGUUCCACAAAGUAGGCCGUUGCCCAUUAUUGGUGCGGU